UAAAGGGGUGUGGCUUGUUCUCAGCUCGUCUAUUACACUGUCAGUUACUUCUUAAUAAAGUUCGUCAGACCAUGUCACACUCUGUACUAGUUGCUAGUGAGGCCAGUGAGAUAUCCAGUAUAGUAAUGGAGUUGACUAUGUUGAGUUACAGACUUCAGUAUGGAUAUGUAAACCACUCCCCCUUGUUAAUAUUCCUGUUGUCAUGGUUACGGACCCACGCCCACUGCAUACCGUUACACCUUGCAAUGAGAUUGGACUGGCCGAUAGAUUACAAUGCUAACUUUAUGCAGUUAAAGAAGAGUCUCGUCUCACGAUUGGACACAUUAAAGAGGUCGUCAAGUGAAAGUCAUGUUACAUCGUACCCGUCACCUGAUCACACCUUGUUUGAUAAAGACAUAGUUACCAUGGGAACAGACCAAUUAUCGUGUCUACUACAGAAUAUCAUGGCAUCUCCUGGAUCAAUGUAGCUUUUGAACGGUCCUCAACAGUUACUAAGAAACACUGCUUGUCCGUCUAUCUAAAGUCCCAUGAAAAUAUCAGCCUCUGGAUUUUUUAAAUAUAUUAAUGAAAUUUCCACAUCUUUGAGAAAUGUGCUCGAAAUAUUGGUCCUCAAUUGACCACGAGCUGUUGGAUUUGGACUUGAGCAAUUAUUAUCAAGUAUCUUUACAAGUUGUAUAAUUCAGUCAAUGAAGAUAGUUCUAUACCUCUUAGUUGAGAGUGUA